UCAGAGGGUGUGUCUUAUCGAAUGAACCAGCCCACUCACAAACUUUUCAGCAGAUGUAAACGCGACACGGUCGUCUGCAAAUGUCUGUCAAUCUAGGUUUUGUUCGCUUACCCGAGGAUAAGCGAACUUGCUUUUGAAACAUUGAAUUCAAACCGGGGGAGGGCCAAGUGAUACCCAGAAGGCUGUUGUGGCCUGUUUCUCCAUCUCCUAAAUUCAGAGAAUCCACUUUUGCCCCUUUUCUGGGGUAGCUUUCUACGGGGAUUGUUAGUUCAUCACAGGGUCUGUAGCCAUGGGAGAUGUAAUUUCAACUCACCUGGAUGAGGGCAAGCGAGAGAUGAUUACAGAUCGUACCGGCCAGGUGAUGAGGGAGUUUGGCCGUGUGUACAAGCAGCAGUAUGCAGUGGCCCUGUUCAACAGCGUCCGCUUCGACAUAGAGGGUGGAGCGGGGCCCCAGUCGCAGCUCCUGCAUCGGCAGGACCCUCUGGAAGACAGCUCCAUCUUCUCUGGGAGUCUUUUCCAAUACCUGGAGGAGAACAAGAAAUGGAGGAACCGCUUUGUCUUUGUGGCUAACACAUACAACAUCUGCUUCUAUGAGAACAAAGUGGCACAUGAGAGGGGUCUGCACCCUAAAGGAACUAUCAGCUGUGCUGGAUACAAAGCCCUGACUUCAAUGGAUGAGUAUCUGGAGCUGGUUGACGCCAGCCUUCCAGGUAUCAAGGCUAAGGUGGGCAGUGGCCCGUUUGUGAAGUGUGCAACCCAGUUCCCCCUGAUCCUGUGGCACCCAUACGCCCGGAACCACUACUUCUGUGUGUUGACGGAGAAGGAGCAGAAGAAGUGGCACGCUGUGCUCCAAGACUGUGUCAGACACAGCAACAAUGGUCUGUCAGAGGAGUGCAGGGUGCAGAGCCCGGCCUUCACAGAUGCAGUACGGCUCCACAGGCAGGCUCAGGGAAACUACGGCACCUGGGACAUGAUGUGCGGAGCACCGCCACAGAUCCUUGCCAACUUAGUGAUGGAGACUCUCCACCCAGAAUUGAGGAGUCUAAUUGGUCCUCGUCUGAAGGGAAAAAUGCAACAGAGACAGAGAAACUGGAUGUUGAUCUCAGAUGUCGUGUAUAAGCAGGUAUUGUCUCAGACCCAGGCCCAGUAUAAGACUCUGGUCCAGGCUUGCGAGGCGGAGACACCCCGCCUAGAUGCAGCAUUACGCACGGACAUGGACCAGAUCAUCACCUCCAAGGAGCAUGUCAGCGGCAAGAUCCGUGCUCUGGUGUUGCCCAGGGCGGAGCAGCUCCUGCGGAGCAGUGUCAAGCCCUACGUCAGCUCCAUACUGGAGGCCCUGAUGGAGCCCACCAGCCGAGGGUUCUCUGAGGUCCGAGAUGUCUUCUUCCGAGAGCUGGUGGAGUUUAGUAAGAACACGCUCAAUGGAGGAGGAAAGGCGAAACUGGGGGAGCACAUGGAGAAGAUAUCUAUACUGGCGUUCCACCCAGUGAAGAUGCAGAGCUGCUAUGAGAAGGUGGAGCAGCUGAAUCUGGAGGGGCUACAGCAGAGGUUUGACCUGUUCAGCCCCUCCGUGUUCAUCCAGAGGGCUCAGAUCCUCAUGAGAGAGCAAAUGGACAAUGCUGUUUACACAUUUGAGCAGCUUCUGUACCAGAGUCUGGAGGCAGAGGGCCAGGCAGGAGAGGACCUGUGUAAGACCAUUGAACGCUGUCAGGACCGAGUGCUUAAGAAAUAUGACUAUGACAGCAGUACAGUGCGUAAGAAGUUUUUCAGAGAGGCCCUUCUACAGAUCAUCAUCCCCUACAUGCUGAAGCAGCUGGCGCCCUCCUGCUCUCCGGAGCUUCCUCGCUUCCAGGAGCUGAUAUUUGAGGACUUCUCACGGUUCAUCCUGGUGAAUAACGUGUUUGAGGAGGUGGUGCUGCAGUCUGUGAGCAAGGACAUCAUGAUGGCUGUGAAAGAGGCGGCGGUCCAGAGGAAACACAACCUGUACAGAGACAGCAUGAUCCUGACCAACAGCGACCCCAACCUCCACCUGCUGGGGAACAACCCCUCGGUUGACUGGGCCACCCAGUUUGGGGGUGGGGAAGAGGGGCCAGAGGGGCACCUGCGAGGUGGGGGGGGCUCCAGCAGGAAGCGCAGGCAGGUGGUCUCCAUGAUCCAGCUUGACGACAUGGGCCCACUGCCUUAUGAGUCCUGCCUGGAGGUGCCAGGGGUGGACUUCAUCCCAGAGGAGGGGGAGAUGGAGAUGGAGGAGGAGAUGGAGGCUAAACAUGAGGAGCGAGUGACUUCCAUGGAUCCAGAGCCUCCCAAGAGGCCAGACACCGAGCCCCCCAUGGAAGCAGAGACAUGGACCUGCACGGAACAAGGUCCCCAGGCGGAUCCUAAAUCCCCAGACAGUGUGGAGGAGAUCCGGCUCCUCAUCAACCCGGUGGUGGAGAUGGUAGUCCCGGCCUCCACAGAGCAUGUGGCUGUUGGCAGCAAUGAGGCAGGGCUGGAAAAGGAAACGGAGAUGCUGAGGCUGGAGGACAGAGAGGAGGUGACGCUCAUCACCACCGUGGUGGAAGAGGUGCGCCGGAAGUCAGUGCAGGGCAAGAGCACCUCACAGGAAGUGAGCAAGCUGCUGGUAGGAAAUCCACACCAGGAAGCUACGUUGGGUCUUCAGGAAGAGGGGGUGAUAGCUUUUGAGCCCAAUGGGGAGGACGGUGAGACUGCGGUCAAGAUUGCCAAACAGGAAAUAGAGAUGGCGGUACAGGAAGAUGUUGCAGGGAGGACAACGAAGUAUGCCAUAGACUCUGACGCUGAGAUGGCACUGUCAUUGGCAGGCUCCAGCCCCCAGCGUCAUGAUGACAGCGGCUUUCAGUCACCAACCAAUGAGACGUUAGAUAAUAUCGAAGCUCAACCAGCUGCUCUGAAAGGAACGGACACUGUAGCUGACCAAGCAGAUGUGGUGGUGGUUUUAGAGCAGGGAAACACAGCACUUGACAAUGACUCUGAGACAGGGGAGGACUUUGCUGCAAAAAAUGCGUAUCAGACAGAAAUUGUAUAUGACAUUUGAAUAGGAAAACAAGGGAGCAAAAACAUUGACCGCUUAUAUAUUGUGGACAGUCAUUUCUUUAAUAGUAGACUUUUUAUUAGGACUCAACCUCUUUCCAUUCAUCUCUAGUCAUGCAUGUUCAAGUUCAUACAUUUUUCUUUAAUUGUUUUCUUUUUCCAGUGGUAAAUCCUCCUAAAUCAAUCAUGGCCAAUCUUCAUCAAUACCACUUCUCAGCAGCUCCAGGAGAGUUGAACAUCAAGACCGGUGUCCUCAGGUCUCACUUAGAUGCUCUUCUGCUUUUCACACUGUCCAUUCUACUCUCACUGACACUUACUCGCUGGGAGAUUGCAUUUCUCAUCCAAAAACCACCACUGAGCUAACCCAACUUACUAUAGGAGUUGUUUGAGCGAGACAAGACUUACCACAAACCCGGAACAGUGCCAAAUCAAUUGGCACUGUCCUAUGCGAGACCCUGUUGGUAUGCCACAACGAGGACACAAACCCCCCGCUGCUAUGAUGAAGUUAUACUGCCUCUCAGGACACAUUUUGGUUUAUUUCUCUCUUUUAGUAUCACUCAAACCCCACGUAUCCGAGGCAGUUAUCCUUCAUCGUUUUAGUCACAAAGAGAAAGGACGUUAAAUAAUUUAAGUCAGAACUGAAAAACAGUUGUGGGAAGAACUGGAAGUUACAAAAUAAAUAAAAUACACGUUACACAACAGAGUGAGGCCAAUUUGCUAGGCCCAAAUGAUAUGGUCAGAGGAACUGAACUCUUAGGUGCAUUGGUACAGUCCCAACAUCUGAGUUUUGUAUGGCCCAGUGCCCUGGGUGGGAGAAGUAGGUACAUUUUGGACUGUUCCAAUUUCUCUGAUGAGUAAGAUACAUGUAUCCUAGGGUUUCUACUAGAUUCUAUAGCCAUAAAAUAAUUAGGCAUUAGGUAAAGGUGGGGUAAGAGCUAGAUUUUAGGGUUAGGUUUAGUUUCUACAUCUCAGAAGACACAUUGUAGAAGUGAGGGUUUAUUAAAAGAAUAAAGAUAACAUUUACCUGGUUGUCAUUUGAACACAAGGUCCAACUGAAACAUGACUCCGCUUCCCAGAUAACACCUCCAAACUGGAAAGGUGCAGUAAGCUGCGUUGUAGGGUGCCCAAGGAGCAAUUCGUAAAACUCUAGAAGAUGGCGUGAACCAUAUGUGAGGAUGUGUGUGUAUAUUGCUCCCCAGGCAAAAGUGUUGCACAACCAUUUGAAGUUGGUCUUACUGGGAGUGAACUUACUGAGUAAAGUAUUUGUCAUUUUUAGGUUUAAGCAUAUGAACAUACUGCAAGGUGUGGCUAUCUAAUCAAUGGCGCAGACAGUAGGAGACGUGCCCAACAGCAUAAAGACAAGUCACAAAUUGCUUUAGCUGAGCAGUACUGCAUCCUUUAGAUGCCAAAUCACACAACAAAAAUCUCCUGGGCGUGGCUGUCCCUCUAUUACACGGUUCUUGAUUUACCUUAGAAUCUUUGUCUAUUUCGAGGAAAUGAUACAGACUUCCUUCAUAUGUUGUCACAACAAACCACAACACUGAGACUGAAAUCAGAAAUUACCUUAAUGAGCAAAAAAUAAAUAAAGCCAUAUCAAGCAUGGGACACUUAGGAAUGCAAAACAAACAGGCCCACUCACUGGUUGUUGUAUGACCUUAUUGACCACUAGAGGGCAUUGCUGUUUUUCAUCUUUAUUUAACCAGGUAAUUUGACCGAGAACCAGCUGUCAUUUCCAAUGACCACCUGGCCAAAGGCAUUAUGAUUACAAGACAAAACAUGAAUACAAUAAGUAUAAGCAGGCUGAUGAUGUGGAUACAUUUUAAUGUCAACCGACUGUAAUGGGGCAUUGUCAAAACAUAUCAGAGAUGGGUCUUUUGUCCAAUUCAGUGUCUCUGAGCUCUGCUUCUUCAAUAUGAUACCCUUCUAUAAAAGCAGCCAUGAGGUUUUUGUCAGUGUAUGUUGAACCUUUUGGACCAAUAUUUUGUCACAUGUGGCUUCAUUGUAUUUUCAUAGUACAUGACACCGGCCUGACAUGGCACUUCAUUACUUUUACUCAGUGUGUUUGUCCAACCCUUAUUGGUGUGAGUGGAGCCACUCACAUGGUAGCAGUCACUACAGUCCUAUUUCAAACAAUGCUGUGGAAAGGUUUAUGCCUGCCUUUGGAGUUUCAAAAGGUUUUGCAUAUUUUCACAAAAUAUGGGAAACUGAGUGAACAAAUAAAAAUGAGAUUUGUGUUUUCAUAACAGGAUCCAUGCUGUUCAAAAAGUCAACUCGUGCCUGGAGACUUCUAUCAAGACUCCUCAAUACUCAUGGAAAUGUUCCAAGGACAGAUGAAUAAAACAUUUCAAAUUUGUUCAUUCAGGUUCUCUUUAGGUUUCAAAACAUGAAUGAAAACAAUAUGCCACAUUUGAGUAAAUCAGGACAGGGGCAACUGCUUUUUUCACAGCCCUGCACAUGCCAUAGCCACAGCACUGCUGAAAUGGCACCUCCAGGGGCAUGCUAAGAGUUAUUACUGCAGGGACUCUGCUGAUGGCUUGUCUUGUCUUGACUGUGACGCAUCAGCAGACUCUGUAAUUGACAUGGAAUGUUUGUGUGUGGUAGCGUGUACUCUGGGUGAAUGACAGCAGGCUAUAUACUUUGUAAUGAAGAGGUCUCUGUCAGCCAACCCAGGGAAUACAAUCAAGUCUCUUUUUCCCUUAAAUGAGAGAAAUCAGCAUUGUUUUCUAAACUAUGCAUGCUAUUUCUAUGGACACUAUAUGUAUAUAUUUGAGGCACAUUGUUCUUAAUCAGGGUGAUUUUGUAGCAUUGAGAAAAAGUUUCAUAUAACUUCAUGACCAAAUGGAUACUGUACACAACAGCAGUUAAUUAUCCUUUUAAUAUUGUGUCCAUCUAUUGUACUGUUUUUCAUUCCUCUAUUUACAGUAUCUCACAAGUGCGUACCCCCCUCACAUUUUUGUAAAUAUUUGAGUAUAUCUUUUCAUGUGACAACA